UUUUCUCCGCUCACCAUACUUCACCUUCAGUGCUUGAAGACUGAACGAGUAGAAGCUCGAAUCCACUGAAAUACUGAGGGAACAUUUGGAAAUGGAGAGCAGUGAAGAAGACGAUGACUUCCCAUCCAUUGAGCGCAUCACUCCACAGACCAAGAUCGAUUCCAUCUAUCAAUCUAACACAGAAAAGGGUAUCAGAAAACUCUGUUGUGAGCUGCUGAAUCUGAAAGAUGCUGUGGAAAACUUAUGCGGUGAUACGCAGGCAAAAUAUUUGGCUUUCUUGAGGGUAUCUGAAGAAGUUAUUGAAAUGGAGCAUGAGCUGGUUGAGCUGCGAAAGCAUAUUUCUGCUCAAGGGAUUCUCGUGCGGAACUUGAUAACUGGUGUGUGCCGUGAACUAGAAGAGUGGAAUCAAGCUAAUGCUGACAAUGGUGAAGCUCAGCCAUUCCCUGAAAUCAGUGAAGUUGAAGAUUCCUUGCCAAGAGAAGCAGAAGACCCAAUGAUGAUAUUUUUGGAAAAAAUUGAUGUUCUCUUGGCUGAACAUAAAGUUGAAGAAGCAAUAGAUGCUUUUGAUGCUGAAGAAAGAAACUCUAUUGAGCUAAAAGGUUCUGGAGAUACUUCAAGCGAAGCAUUUUCAUACAAGUCUGCUUUUCUAGAAAGAAAGGCAAUGCUUGAGGAUCAGCUGGUUGAGAUCUGCGAACAGCCUUUGAUUGGUACUGCUGAACUGAAGAAUGCAUUGUCUGCUUUAAUUAAACUUGGAAAGGGCUCUUCAGCUCAUCAGUUAUUUCUGAAGUCUUAUGGUCUCCGCCUCCAAAGGAAGGUUGAGGUUUUUCUCCCUUCAUGUUCUGUCUGCCCCAGGACUUUUCCUGCCACACUAUCUAGGCUUGUUUUCUCUAUGAUCUCAUUGACAACAAAAGAAUCAGGUUCAAUAUUUGGUGAUAAUCCUAUCUAUACCAACAGAAUUGUUCAAUGGGCAGAAUGGGAAAUUGAAUAUUUUGUACGGUUGGUGAAGGAAAAUGCACCAUCUUCAGAAACAGUUUCUGCUUUACAUGCUGCUAGUGUUUGUGUUCAAGAUAGUCUUAAAUACUGCUCAAUGUUGGAAUCACAAGGCCUGAAAUUAUCAAAGUUGCUUCUGGUGUUACUGCAACCUUUCAUUGAAGAAGUACUGGAGUUGAAUUUUAGAAGAGCUAGGAAGAUGGUUCUUGAUUUCACAGGAGUUGAUGAGAGCAUGCCGUUAUCUCCUCACUUCAUAUCUCCUUUGUCUGCUUUUGCAACUUCUUCAGACAACAUUCUGAUUGAUAGCGGAAUAAGAUUUAUGUAUAUUAUUGAAGACAUUUUGGAACAGCUUACUCCACUGGCUGUUUUGCAUUUUGGAGAAAAUGUGCUGACAAGAAUAUCACAUUUGUUUGAUAAGUAUAUUGAUGCUUUGGUUAGAGCCCUUCCAGGCCCCUCUGAUGAUGAGAGCCUCACUGAGCUGAAAGAGGUCAUAACUUUUAGAGCUGAAACAGAUUCAGAGCAACUUGCUCUUCUUGGAGUAGCCUUUACAAUUUUGGAUGAACUUUUACACCCCAUGGUAAUGAAAGUUUGGAGUUCAAAGAGUGAAAAAAAGGAUGAAGGAAACAAGAAUAUCAUUCCUAAUACAAGCACAACAGAAUUAAAGGAAUGGAAGCGCCAUCUCCAGCAUUCUUUUGACAAGCUCAGAGAUCAUUUCUGCCGCCAAUAUGUUUUGACUUUUAUCUAUUCAGGAGAAGGAAAAACACGACUUAAUGCUCAAAUUUAUUUAAGUGGGAAUGGUGAACCUCUGCCUUCUCUGCCUUUUCAGGCUUUAUUUGCAAAACUGCAACAGUUAGCAAUUAUAGCUGGUGAUGUGCUACUUGGUAAAGAGAAACUGCAGAAAGUUUUGCUGGCUAGACUGACAGAGACGGUGUUAAUGUGGUUGUCCAAUGAACAUGAUUUCUGGGCUGUGUUUGAGGAUGCGUCAACUCAGCUUCAGCCACUUGGAUUGCUGCAGUUAGUUCUUGAUAUGCACUUCACCAUUGAAAUUGCAAUUUAUGCUGGUUACCACUCUCGGUAUGUGGAGCAGAUUGCGAACGACAUAAUUGCUCAAGCAAAGAGGAUAUUCUCUAGUAGAGGCAUUAACCCACAAAGGGCACUCAAGUCAGAUAAAUGGUUUCGUGAAACUGCAAGAACAGCCAUAAACAAGCUAAUGGCAGCCUCUGGCUCAGACACAUCUGAAAUCGAGGAGGAGCAUCAUCCCAACCUACAUGAUGGAAUGGUUUCAGACUCUGAUGACACUACUUCUUCCUCGUCAACAGUGGAAUCCGACGAGUCUUUUGCUUCUGCAAUUAUGGGUGAACUAGAGAGCCCCAGUUUUACAGAUCCUGAAGCAUAAGAAUUAAUAGUUCAGGUGCCAAUGAGGAACUUUCUGAUUCUUAAGACAGGAUCUUCUCUGAUCAAAAUUUUCAUCUCUUGCUUAGGAUAAUUCAGAAUCUUGUAGCUGAUUGAAUCUUUACACAUCUUAAUACUAAUCGUUAAAUAUGUUGUGAAACUGAAAUACGAAAGGAAGCAUGAGC